CAGCAUUGUAUGCAUCUCGGACACCAAUCCUGUGGUUGUACUGGUUACACUGGUAAACCGACAAUCUGGAAUCUCUCCUCUCCGACAGGUGCUCCGGGCUGACAUCUUUGGAGAAUUUGAAGGGGUGGCAAUCAGGAAGACCACGGACUCUCCACCAAAGAUCAGCAUUUAUGAUCUGUUCAGCCAUAUUCUGAAGAUCAAGCAUCCGAGGAAGGCUUGGGCCGACACCUUACGGAAGCUGAAUGAUAACGGUGAUGCUGGGACCUUCCUGUACACCCUGCACAAGUUUGGGGGGCGUGGGCAGAACGACACUCCAGUGACGGACGCCCGCGGAUUUGUCACCAUCCUCAACUAUCUGAGUGGCGCUCGGGCCGCCCAGUUUCGCACCCGCUGUGCCGACACCAUUGUGCGCUACCUGGGGGGCGACGAGACCCUCGUCUCAGAGAUCCGCCGCAUCAGGGAGGCACAGGAGACCAUGCCCGACAACCACCCCAUGAGGAUGUUUGGGCAAGACGUGGAGGUUCGCAGGCCCGAGAGAGAUCCCGAGGACGAAGCGCGUGCAGCAAGGCGCCGCAAGCUGGAGGACGAGCGAGAGAUUGAGAGGCUCGAAAUGGAGAGGGAACGGAUCAGGAAUGAGAGGCGGACAAUGGCACUGGAAUAUCACAAGAGGAAUACAGAGGCGAGCCUGGGGAUACUGGAGAAUCUGACCAGGUUGCCCCUUACCCCGGCGGAAAAGGGCCUCAUCAACGGUGUACACAAUACUAUGGUAGUCAGGAGCGCAGCGCAUGUGACUUCGACGCUGGGAUCAGCCGAGGACGCCCCGGUGGAGGCACCUGCAGCAGCUGCGCUUUAUGGAAUGCGGGUGACGAUCUUGGAGUACGGCCGCGACGUUCUGGGCCUUCGCGGGGAGAGGCUUUCCAGCCAGAAGCUGUCGGUGGUGGGCCGCAACGUGGGCACGCGCUGGAUGCAGACCCCCGGCAAGGGCAGCCUGGUCGAGGUGGGUGGGGAGAAUGGGCAGAAGAAGUGGGAGCGCACGACCGGCGUUGCUGGCACCCGCAGGGUCGAGAUUCUCGACGGCCAGCUGACCACCGAGAUGCUGGCAAACAACCGCAUCAAGUUCUCAGACGCGUAUCUGGGGACGAACGAGGUCGGGGUCGGCACGGCAUUCAACGUCUGGACAUAUCCUAAGGCCGAGGCUGGAGAGAUCAUCAAGGAGGCUUUUGCUGCUUAG